UGGGUGGUCACGUGGUAGCAGCCGGUCAGUGAUUCGCCCGAGAGAGCGAAUGAGAGAAUCGAAAGCGUUUCAUCCAAUAAGAUUGCAGCUUAACCGGAAAUGUCACCCCGUCUUUGGUAUGGAGAGAGCGAAAUAAAUGUGAGCUAAUAUCAAGUGUGUUACACAGCUAUCAUGGACCAGAAGGACAUUUCACCACUCAAGCACUUCGUGUUGGCAAAAAAGAAGAUCGGCACCAUUUUUGAGAACAUUCUUGCCUAUGUGAGAGAAGGCGCCGGGUUUGUUGAGGAAACGUGUCAGAAUGAGGGCCUGGAGCAGAUUGCCAGUGAGGCCCAGCAGGCAGAGAUACAGGACUAUGCCAGGAGGCUGGAAGUCAUCAGAGAAGUGCUGGCCCGAAGGCAUAUGAAGGUGGCCUUCUUUGGAAGGACGAGCAAUGGCAAGAGCACCGUGAUCAAUGCCAUGCUGCGGGACCGGGUCCUGCCCAGUGGCAUCGGACACACCACCAACUGCUUCCUGAGCGUCGAGGGCACAGAUGAGGACAAGGCCUACCUCAAGACCGAGGGCUCGGAGGAGGAGAAGAGUGUCAAGACAGUGAACCAGCUUGCCCACGCUCUGCACAUGGACGAGAGCCUGGACGCCGGCUGUCUGGUGAAGGUCUUCUGGCCCAAGACGAAGUGUGCCCUGCUGAGGGAUGACCUGGUUCUUCUGGACAGCCCGGGGACCGAUGUGACGACGCAGCUGGACAGCUGGAUCGAGAAGUUCUGCCUGGAUGCUGAUGUUUUCGUGCUGGUGGCGAACUCGGAGUCCACGCUGAUGAACACAGAGAAGCACUUCUUCCACAAGGUGAACAGUCGUCUUUCGAAGCCGAACAUCUUCAUCUUAAACAACCGGUGGGAUGCUUCGGCCGCGGAGCCGGAGUACAUGGAGGAUGUGCGCAAGCAGCACACGGACCGCUGCAUCAGCUUCCUGGUGGAGGAGCUCGGCGUGGUGGACCACCAGCAGGCUCCCAACCACAUCUUCUUCGUGUCCGCUAAAGAGGUGCUCAACUCCCGCAUGCAGCGGGCCCAGGGCAUGCCGGAGACGGGUGGGGCUUUAGCUGAAGGAUUUCAGGACCGGCUGAAGGAGUUCCAGAACUUUGAGAGGACGUUUGAGGAGUGUAUCUCGCAGUCAGCAGUGAAAACAAAGUUUGAGCAGCACACGAUAACGGCAAAGCAGAUCACUGAAACCGUCAAGGGCAUCAUGGACUCCAUCAACAUCGCAUCCGCCGAGAAGAGAGUCCAUUCCCUGGAGGACAGGGAAUAUCACAUUGACAGACUGGAGUUUGUCCGCAGUCAGCUUAACCUGCUAACUGAGGACAUUAAGAAGAAGAUUAAGGCAGUGACGGAGCAGGUGGAAUCCAAGGUUUCCAGCGCCAUGGCGGAAGAAAUCUGCCGCUUGUCGGUCCUCAUCAAUGAGUUCAACUCCGAUUUCCACUCCUCUCCACAUGUGUUAAAACUCUAUAAAACCGACCUGCUGAAACAUGUGGAGGAAGGCAUGGGAAAGAACCUGUCUUUCCGCUGCUCCAAUGCGGUCAACGCUUCUCUUCAGUCCUCCCAGAAAGAAAUGAUAGAGCGUUUGCAGCCUCUGCUGCCCUCUGCUGUCCAGGCUGAGCUGCACUGCCUGAUCCCUUGCCGAAAGUUUGACCUCAGCUAUGACCUCAACUGCGCCACCCUCUGCUCGGACUUCCAGGAGAACAUUGAGUUUCAGUUCUCCUUGGGCUGGACGGCCCUUGUGCACCGCUUUCUCGGACCAACCAACGCAAAACGUGCUCUGAUGUUGGUGGACCAGAACUUCCAGAUUCCUCGAUCGCUGGCUGCUACCCCAUCUGCCUCACUGGGACCCCAGAUGCAGGACCGAGUUGCAUCCCAGGAGGAUCUGAUGUUGUCAGUAACUACCAGUCUGGCUUCCCUGACCUCCCGCGCUUCUAUGAGCGUGAUCAUCAUUAGCGGAGUGGUUUGGCGCACGAUUGGGUGGAGGCUUAUUGCCCUGUCCGUGAGUCUUUAUGGGCUGCUCUACGUCUACGAGAAGCUGACAUGGACCACAAAAGCCAAAGAGAGGGCAUUGAAGCGGCAGUUUGUGGAGUACGCCACGGAGAAGCUGCAGAUGAUCGUCAGCUUCACCAGUGCGAACUGUAGCCACCAGGUCCAGCAGGAGAUGGCCACCACCUUCGCGCAGCUCUGCCAGCAGGUUGACCUGACCCAGAAGGAGCUAGAAGGGGAGAUCAGCAGAUUGAGCAAGAAGAUCGAGCAGCUGGAGACCGUACAGAGCCACUCCAAGACCCUCAGACACAAGGCUUCAAAGCUGGAGAAUCAACUUGAGAGCUUCACGGAGGAGUACCUGCGGCCCCAGCACUAAGGCCUGGGCAACCCCCACGUCGCGGUCCCCUCCCCCUGCACUCAAACCCCCUUCUCUUGUGUGCGUUUGUCCACCUUUUCCACUCUUAGUAAGCAUUUCGAGUACGGCGGUCCAAUGGGGAACAGAGAAUCACCUGUGAAUCAUGCAGAACACAUCGAUCUUUGUCUCGUGUAGAAGUAUUGAAGAAUGACUGUACUGCUGCAAGGUGACACAGUACCAAGCUGUAUUAAGCUAUAGACCCACAGGCAUGGAGGAGCUGUGAAGCGGGUCUGUGGACAGCACCGACAUCAGGGCCCGUUCUGGAGGCUCAGCCUCUUAAGUUUUUGCACUUGACUUGAUCCGAGUCCUGAUUCUGAGGUGAAACGCAAAUCCCGUCAGUGAUUUCCGGUGAAACAGAGGCGUGCAUUAACACAUUUGUAUUUGUUAUCCUGUGGCGAUUUCUACAAAUUCAUCUGGGUGGGGGACAUUACUAUUUGUACAGUUCAGUCGUUUCUAUAUUUUUGAAGUAUGUACACUGUAGUUACCUCAUUAUUUAUGAUUCGAGAGAAAAAAAGCAAUAAAGUUGUUUCAAGUUU